UGCAAUGUUAUUUAAAAUGGCAUAUUCUAUCUAAAACACCAACGUUUUAUUUUGACUUUACUGUCCUUUUAAUUGUGAGAAUAUAAAUAAUUUAGCAACAUUUCUUAAAGUUCCAUAUCUGAAUCAUGAACAUUUUAUUUUGAGUUGUCAUACCCCUUUAAAACCAGCAGACACAUAAGAGUUUAUAACUGAAAUAAAGUUAUAUGUAUGUUGUAUAAAGUUGUGUUUGGAUUGAACCAUCUCUACUGGAAGGCUCUUCCAGUAUACCCAUUGCCAGCCUCUGUGUAGCUGUUUCUAGUAUUCCCACAAUACUGCUUUCACUCCAUGUUUCUGUUUGAAAAUGAACAGGCAAAUCCAUCUGGCAGGAAAUGUGUUAAACAGAACCUUCCUGCACGCAGGCAUGGGACUUGCACAUACAGGGAAUAAACACAUAUGUAAAUAUAAUAUAGUUGGUGUGUAUUUAUGCUCGGAGAUCCCUCCUGUUUCCUGCUCUUAGACCAAAGGAAGCUGAUGGCUUUUCUAACUUUACAGCCCCUGAUUCACCUUACAUUUCCCAUUUUUUAAAUCCAAUGGCAGCUGGUUACUGAAGUCAGACACCGAUGGAAUAGGCUGGUCUCUAAUACCUGCAUCACAAUGAUGUGUUUGGCCCUGCAGGAUGUUCUGCUUACACUGGGCUCCGUCAUCGACAUCCCUCGCCUGCGGGAAGUUAUCAAAGAUGCCAUAGCAGCUGUACUGCCCAAAGUGGACAAUGCCUUUGUCUACCUGCUGGAAGCAGAUGGCCGUCUGAUGUGCCAAGACCCCCCUCAUGAGCUGCCUCAGGAAGGAAAACUCAGGGAUGCCGUUCUCCUGCAGAAGAGGAUAGAAUGCAGCGGGUUGACUUCAUCAGAGUUGCUGGGCCAGCAUCUCAGUAAACUGGCAGCUCCAUUACCUCCUGAUAAACAAGUGCUGAUCAACCCACUUCUAGAGCAGGAGACAGGGAGAGUGCUGUGUGUGUUACUGAUGCAUUGCAGUCCGCUGAGUGAUUCGGAUGAGCAGAACCUUCGCACUUUGGAGAAACAUAUUCUAGUUGCAUGUAGGCGGGUACUUGCCGUUCAGAAACUGCAGCCGUGGCCCCAAGUCAGGGCCCCUGUCCCUUCACAGAACUCACUACCAAAACCAGGAAAUAAGCAGAACGACAACUAUGAUGAACUCGACCGAAAAAUCCUUCAGCUGUGUGGUGAACUUUACGAUUUGGAUGCUGCAUCUCUCCAAAUUAAAGUUAUUCACUACCUUGAACAGCAGACACAGUCCCCCUGCUGCUGCCUCCUCCUGGUAUCAGAGGACAGUCACCAGCUAUUCUGUCAGGUUGUUGGAGAUAAAGUAUUAGAAGAGGAGAUAAGCUUUCCGCUGACAUUUGGACAUUUGGGACAAGUCGUAGAUAAGAAGAAAUCCAUCACUCUACAGGACAUUAGCUCAGAGGAGCACAAACAGCUCAAUAACAUGCUGGGGUUCGAAGUGCACUCCAUGCUGUGUGUCCCUGUCAUUAGUCGCGCUACUUCACAGGUGGUGGCCCUGGCCUGUGCUUUUAAUAAGCAGGGUGGAAACUACACAGAAGCCGAUGAACAUAAAAUCCAGCAUUGUUUUUGUUACACCUCCACGGUCCUCACCAGCACUCUGGCUUUCCAGAAAGAGCAGAAGUUAAAAUGUGAAUGUCAGGCUCUUCUACAAGUGGCCAAAAAUCUGUUCACACAUUUGGAUGAUGUUUCCGUACUGCUGCAAGAGAUCAUAACCGAAGCAAGAAAUCUAAGCAAUGCAGAAAUAUGCUCUGUUUUCCUGUUGGAGAGACACAGCCAUGAGCUUGUAGCCAAAGUGUUUGAUGGAGGUGUUGUUGAAGAUGAUAGCUAUGAGAUAAGGAUACCGGCAGACCAGGGAAUAGCUGGUCAUGUGGCUACAACAGGCCAGAUCCUGAAUAUUAAGGAUGCUUAUUCUCACCCUCUUUUUUACCGUGGGGUGGAUGACAGCACUGGCUUUAGGACCAGGAAUAUCUUGUGCUUUCCAAUUAAGAAUGAGAGCAACGAGGUCAUUGGUGUGGCGGAACUGGUCAACAAAAUUAAUGGACCUGGAUUCACCAAAUUUGAUGAAGACUUAGCUACAGCCUUUUCAAUCUACUGUGGGAUCAGCAUUGCCCAUUCGCUGCUCUACAAGCAGGUCAGAGAAGCUCAAUUCCGAAGUCACUUGGCCAACGAGAUGAUGAUGUAUCAUAUGAAGGUCAGUGAAGAAGAAUCACAGAAACUACAAAACAACGGUAUCCUGCCAGUGUCACAUAUUGAUCCCAAUUUUGCCAGUUUCACCUACACACCCAGAUCUCUCCCAGAAGAUGACACAACUGUGGGCAUCUUAAGUAUGUUUGAAGAUAUGGGCUUUGUCAAUAACUACAAGAUUGAUCGGCCAACCCUCGCCAGGUUCUGCCUUUUGGUGAAAAAGGGAUACCGCGACCCGCCAUAUCACAACUGGAUGCACGCCUUCUCUGUGUCACACUUCUGCUAUCUCCUUUACAAGAACCUGGAGCUUAUCAAUUACCUGGAAGACAUUGAGAUCCUCGCCCUAUUUGUGUCCUGUAUGUGCCAUGAUCUAGAUCACAGAGGAACCAAUAAUUCUUUCCAGGUGGCUUCUAAAUCUGUAUUAGCUGGUUUGUACAGCUCGGAAGGCUCUGUGAUGGAGAGACAUCAUUUUGCUCAGGCAAUCGCUAUCUUAAACUCCCAUGGAUGUAACAUUUUUGAGCAGUUCUCAAGGAAGGAUUACCAAAGGAUGCUGGAUUUGAUGCGAGAAAUUAUUCUGGCCACUGACCUUGCACAUCACCUGCGCAUCUUUAAAGAUCUUCAGAAAAUGGCAGAUGAUGGGUAUAAUCCCAAAAACAAACACCAUCACAGUCUAUUGUUAUGUCUUCUUAUGACCUCGUGUGACCUCUCAGACCAAACCAAAGGCUGGAAAACUACAAGGAAGAUAGCGGAACUUAUCUACAAAGAGUUCUUCUCUCAGGGAGACCUAGAAAAAGCCAUGGGGAACAGACCGAGUGAGAUGAUGGACAGAGAGAAGGCGUAUAUCCCCGAGCUGCAGAUAAGUUUUAUGGAACACAUCGCCAUGCCUAUUUACAAGUUGCUAAAAGAGCUUUUCCCUUGUUCUGCUGAGCUCUACGAAAGGGUUGCAGUCAACAGAGAAAAGUGGAUGAGGGUGUCUCACAAAUUCACCAUCAGGGGGCUGCCAAGCAAUAACUCCCUGGACUUUUUGGAUGAAGAAUAUGACAUACAGGAGUCUAUGGAAGAUGAAGUCAAAAUAAAUGGCUGUCUGGACAGUAAUGAACACAGAGAAUCAGUCAAUGCAGAGUAACAUCAGAUGAGGAGAAGGAACAUUUUCACACUCUGUCUUUUUUUAGCCUCAGUCAGAGGAUUGGUUGUGUAGGAUCAAUUCUCAAGGUGUUUGCCUCGUUCUUUAUGUCACUUCCAACGAUGAUGUGGGAAAACACACAAACACUUUGUAACAAGAUGAAAAAUUGGGUUUCAUGUCUGACUAAUGAGAAUGAUCCACACUGGAAACUCUCAAUUUGCCUCAACCGGUGCCCCAAGCACCGAACACUCAGAAGUGGAACAUUCAAAUAGGUUCAGACACUCACCGUGGGCUUUUGGAACCUUAGCACUGGAUGUAAUAUGUAUCUGCAUCUAUGGAGGAAUCCAGCUUCUACUUUUAUGUUUAAGCUUCACAUAUUUUGUUUUAUGAUUGAUAAUUAAUAUUUAAAUGACUUAAAUCAGUGCCCCAUACUACUGAAACACAUGUUUAAGACUCUGGAUUCAAAAUGGCACCAUGAUUAUUUUUAGGAAUCAUGGGUAAGACGGACAAAGGGUGGAUAUGACAUUAAUUCUACUAACUUAUAUUAUAGCACCGAUUGCCUGAGAUCAUUGUUAUUUUUUCAAACAAUGAGAACCAUUUCCUAAGCCUUACCUUAGGGUUUCCUGAUUAUGAAAUUGUGGUACUUCCUGGUAACAGCAUUAUAUAUCAUAAAUUGUUUUAUCCAUAGUAUUUAAUAUAACUUUUCUACAUCACUAUCCCUUCAAAGUUUCAGCAGUAAAUAUCAAGACUCGAUUGUUAAGUCGGUAAUUCUGAAUUUUGGAUGUGUGGCUGGUUUGAGUUCGAAAGUUCAAUAUUCUUGGGUCCAGGAAAAAUAUGGGAAAAGAUUUCAAGUAUUAAAUCCAUUUUAUUUGCUGGCUAGAAGUAUAAAGAUGUCUCCUGUGGAGAUCACUAGCAUAAAUGUCUCAUAAGAAACAUUAAAAAGAAAAACAGCCUUUGUUGUGAAGUCAUGCAUUUGAUCAGUGAUGUAACUGAUUACAUCAUUUAUCAUUUAAUAUACUGCAUCAUCUGUGAUGUCUUUGCUGGAUAUAAUUAUAUUAGCAAAGCCCAGAAAGAGUGAAAUUCCAUGUCCACUAAAUGUAAAACAUACAAUUUGCUAGUUUCUUUUGGCAUUUGAGCAAGAACAUUUUAACAAAUAUUUGUUGAAGAAUAAAAUCUAUAUAUUUUACCAUGCUACUAUGUAUUGUUAAAACCAUUUUUGUUCUUUCCAUCAGCCCUCGUAUCAGAUUUAGCCAACUUUAUACCACAUGGCAAUAUCUUUUUGGAGGAAUAAAGCCGCUCUUUGUUUUAAUAUACUCUAAAAUAGUGUCCCAACACCUUUAAUAAAAUCAUAUUGCUAUUAUAUAGAUUCUCUUUGGAAUAUGUUAAUAUUUAUUUAAUAUGGAGACUACUGCUCCAGGGUAACUAUAAACUCAAGAGCUAUUGAUCCAGACCACUAAUACUUUUUUUUUUUUGGCUGGAGAAUAAACACUAUUGUUUAGUGCUACAAAUUCACAAUCAAGAAACCCUCGGACUAACAUUUCUGAUUGAGGCUUAUAGAAAUAAAACUGUUAGAAAUUGUUAGAAACCAGUAGAGACAUUCUGCAAAAAAUUAAGACUGUGGUCUUAGUCCAAACAGCAGCAAAUUAAUGACAUCAGAUUUUUUAUUAAUUAAGGAAAUAACCUAGAUAAUUAAUUGAUUAAUUAAUUAACAUAAUUUAGCAAGAAAUAAUCUUGUGGCAAGAAUUUUCUCUUGUGUCAGUUUGUAUGUGAAAUAUCCUUGUGUUUCUCAAAUUGGGAAUUGGUUUAUCUGGCACUUAGAUGAGCAUCUUGUUAGAAUUGCAAAAUUUAAAUUGUUUUCAUCUCUAUUAUCAACAGAAAUCUUGUGAAUUCUAAUGUAUCCUCCGAUCACUAAUGCAAAAUACUUUUAUGUACUAAAGCCAAAUGAUACUACCUGAGAUUGUCUGUGAAUGGACAGUUUGGGUGUUUGUAUAGUCUGACAUAGAAGACUUUGUCAUAUACUGUAUUUUGUGAUUUAUUUACAGAUUUUCAUUUUUAAUUUAAAUGCUGACUUAAGGUUUUAUUUUGAUCAUCUAUGAUUUCUUUUUCAUGAUGUAAGAACCUGGCAGCCAUUUUUAAAGCAACACAUUUGGAUCUCUGUGAAUGCUCCUACAUUGCUAUGAAUUAAAAAGCAAGAAUUAAUUUAUUAAAGGGCUACCAAAUAAUAA